CUUUCAAUGUUGGAGAAUACAGAAGAGAGGCGACGCGGUCCUACAACAGCUACGAAUUCUUUAGUCCUGACAACACAGAAGCAAUGGAGAUACGCAAGACGUGUGUGACUGCUGCUUUAAAGGAUGUGUAUGACUAUCUCACCAGAUACCAGGGUCAGGUAGCGGUGUUUGAUGCCACCAACACCACUCCAGAGCGCAGACAGGUCAUCCUCAGCUUUGCUAAGGACAACGGUUACAAGGUUUUCUUUGUGGAGUCGAUCUGUGAUGACCCGGAAAUUAUUGCUGAAAAUAUUAAACAAGUGAAGCUGACAAGUCCAGAUUACACUGACUGUGACAAAGAAGAGGCUUUAGUGGACUUCCUAAAGAGGAUUGAAUGUUAUCAGCAGACCUACGUUCCUCUAGACGACCACACAGACAGGAACUUGUCGUACAUCAAAAUCUUCAAUGUGGGCAGCAGAUACCUGGUGAACAAGGUCCAGGACCACAUCCAGAGCCGGACCGUGUACUAUCUCAUGAACAUCCACGUCACCCCCAGAUCUAUCUACCUGUGCCGUCACGGGGAGAGUGAACUCAACCUGGUGGGCCGCAUUGGGGGCGACUCCGGGCUUUCGCAUCGCGGGACGAAGUUUGCCAGUGCGCUGGGUGACUACAUGCGCAGCCAGAACAUCAGCGACCUGAAGGUGUGGACCAGCCACAUGAAGAGGACCAUCCAGACAGCAGAGUUCCUGGGAGUGCAGUAUGAACAGUGGAAGGCCCUGAAUGAAAUAGAUGCUGGGGUUUGUGAGGAGAUGACAUACGAGGAGAUUCAGGAGCAUUUUCCUGAGGAGUUUGCCCUGAGAGACCAAGACAAAUACCGAUACCGCUAUCCUAAAGGAGAGUCAUAUGAGGACCUGGUCCACCGCCUGGAGCCGGUCAUCAUGGAGCUUGAAAGGCAGGAGAAUGUUCUAGUCAUCUGUCAUCAAGCGGUAAUGAGAUGUCUGCUGGCAUACUUCCUGAACAAAAAUGAUGACGAGCUGCCGUACCUCAAGUGUCCUCUCCACACGGUGCUGAAGCUCACGCCCAUCGCAUACGGAUGUAAAGUCCAAUCCGUCUUCCUCCACAUUGAAGCUGUCAACACUCACAGGGACCGGCCAGAGAACGUGGACGUGGACAGAGACCCGGAGGAGGCUCUGGAGACGGUUCCGGACCACAUGUAGAGGACGCAGCAGAACCAGAACCAGCAUGAAUUACAUCCAAGAGCUUUUCCAUCUGAAUGCUGUCAGUAACAUUUACUCCGUGGAAUUCAACCUCUAAAAGCAUUUUAGGAUUCUGUGCUGAAGCAAAAUUCUGAAGUGAAGUUCUUCUCUGACCCGGACGGGUCGGUGCCCAGAAGACAUCUUUAACAUUCACACACAGACGUUCCUCUCAGACGCUGGUCCAGAGGAGCUUCUGCUGACGGAAACAUUUGAUGGUUUUUUGCAGAACUCUGAACUCUAGAAGAUCUGGAUCCAGAUCCGGUUUGUCCAGGAUGAGCCGAGUCACAUGAAGAUGAAAACCAGACAUCUGAUGUAUUAAAAAAGGACCAGUUUCUUCUCUUUUGGGAGCUUGGUCAACUGAAUUCAUUCAUGCAGUAGUAACACGUCUGAAGGAGCAGAUCGGACCCAAACGUGGUCAACUGCUUUAUUUUUCUCUUAAAUUCGAGGCAAUAAAAAAACAU